AUGUGGAAAGAAGAACGAAGCAAUAAGACUGUAAUCAAAGGUAAAGCUCGAUUUAUGAAGUGUUGUAUUGAUGGAGAAAUUCGUCUACCGGAAGCAAAUAAAACACCUUCAUAUCUUAAAGCUUUGUACGAAGACCCAGUGCAAGGACCUAAAUUUCAUGAAAACGUUACAAUAUACAAUCAAAUGUUUUCCUUCACUUCAAUGGGAGGAAAUGUUGACAGGUCUAUAAAUAAUGGUGGCGGUCCUGUAGUAUACAGGUUGAAUGGUGUUAACAUUCAUCAAUUUGGCUCUUUACUUCCCACUGGAUCAUCUAAUCCCAAAUUCUGUCAAAUGUACAUUUACAACACUGAGAACGAGAUUGUAAAUCGAAUGAGAUGGAUUGAUAAUCCUGAGAAACGAGGGAUCAAUCCCCGGAUUGUUGAAGGGCUAAUCAAGAUGUUUGACGAAAUUAACGUGUUAGUCCAGAAAUUUCGUCAGGCAUGUGAUCGUUUCAAAGAGGAUAAUAUUGUCCAGUUGAAGAUACACUUGAAGGCAUCCCGAUCAGUUAGUGGUCGUCCUAAUAACAUAUCUCCUUCAGACGAAGUGGCUGCAGUUCUGGUCGGGGAUACCAAGUAUACAAAAGGAGUACGUGACAUCGUUGUUGAAAGCAACAUAAAAGGUCUUACUCGAAUCCCAGAGAUUCAUCCUCUGCGAGCUUCUUUACAAUUUCCCAUACUCUUUCCCAACGGGGAGGACGGUUACCAUGAACACCUACAUUAUUACAAGAAAGGAAAAAGAAAAAAUGGAGAGAAGAAGAGGGAAAAAAUAACGGCGAAAGAGUAUUAUUCCUAUAAACUUCAAGUCAGAAAGAACCAAGAUUAUACCUUGCGUUUGGGAGGUAGGCUUUACCAACAGUACAUUGUUGACUCCUUUUCAUCCAUUGAGCAAGCACGUCUAUAUUGGGUUAAAAAACAUCAAGAGGAGUUAAGAUGUGAUCUGUACAACAAUAUCCGUGAUCAGGUUAGAAUUGGUGACGGUGAUAGUUCAAACGUCGGUAAAUCGUACAUCUUACCAUCAUCUUUUACUGGUUCUAAAAGAUAUAUGCAGCAAAACUUCCAAGAUGCUCUGGCCGUUUGUCGUGUUAUUGGACAUCCUGAUCUUUUUCUUACUAUGACAUGCAACACUGAAUGGGAUGAAAUGCAAAAGAUGAUGGAUCUUUUACCUGGUUGCCGUAUUGAGAACUGCCCUGAUAUUAUAGCAAGAGUUUUCAAACUAAAAGUUGAUCAACUUUGCAACGAUAUUCAGAAGAAUGAAAUAUUCGGGAAGUGUAUUGCACUUAUGUAUGUGGUCGAAUAUCAGAAGCGCGGACUUCCCCAUAUUCACAUGUUAAUAUGGUUGGACGGCUCAGCUAAACCGAAAACCUGUGAGAAAGUUGACGAUCUGGUCAGUGCUGAACUACCAGAUCCCGAAACCGAACCCGAACUUUACGAAAUUGUAAAGAAAUUUAUGAUUCAUGGUCCAUGUGGAAAGCAGAAUCCCAAAUGUCCUUGCAUGAAAGAUUUCAAGUGUACUAGACAUUUCCCAAAGAAGUAUUCACCGUCAACAUCAUUUGAUAGUUCAGGCUUUCCCAUUUACAAGCGUCGUAAAACAUCAAGCAAUGUCAAAUUCCGCAAAGGUGUUUUGGAUAACCAAUGGGUUGUACCGUACAACAAAUAUUUACUCCUACGGUACCAAUGUCACAUAAAUUUAGAAAUAUGUGCUCAUGCAAGUAGUUUGAAAUAUUUGUUCAAAUACUGCCUUAAAGGACAUGAUCAAGCCACUGUUCUCAUAAACACACAGAAGGUAACAGAUGUACCUGGAAUGAAAGAACAAGUCAUAGAUGAAAUCAAAACCUUCCUCGAUGGUCGUUACAUAUGUGGUGUUGAAGCUGCUCAUAGGAUUUAUGGUUUUGAUGUUCAUCAUAGGACCAUAGCCGUUCAGCGUCUUCCUUUCCAUCUUCCUCACCAAAAAGCCUGUACAUUUCGCAGCAAAGAUGACCUUGCUUCUGUAGAAAGGCUGUGGUCAAUGGAGAAGAGCAAACUAGAAGCUUAUUUUGAACUAAAUAAAGUUGAUAUAUCCGCUCAGAAAUAUUCUUACAGUCAAAUCCCACAAUUUUACGUCUGGGACGGCCAAUCAUCAAUGUGGUGUUCAAGAAAGAAGGGUUAUCAGAUUGGUAGGCUGACUUACACUCAUCAUGGUAGUGGCGAGUUGUGGUAUUUGAGAAUGCUUCUUUGUAAAAUAUGCGGGCCAACUUCUUUUAAAGAUCUUCUUACUGUGGGAGGAGUAGUUUAUCCUACAUUCCAAGCUGCAUGUGAUGCUCGUGGAUGGCUUGCCAGUGACAAGGAAUGGGACGAGGCUCUGACUGAAUGUUCUUCUGUAGGCUUUGCUAACCAAGUACGUGAACUGUUUGUUUACAUAAUAUUAAAUUGCAAAGUGUAUGACAUAGGAACCCUGUGGAUCAAACAUAAUCUUAAAAUGUCGGAAGAUAUUUUAUAUAAAAGGAGGAAGGUAACAGGCAAGAAUGAGUUGGUGCUGUCUGACAAGGAAAUAGAAUUUUACACCCUUGCCGAAAUCGACAAUCUUCUUCGUUCGGUUGGAAAAUCGCUUCAACAUUUCAAGAACUUACCUCAACCAGACGGAUCAUACUUGAAUUCUGGAAAUGACAAUCUAAUUGUUGAAGAAACAUCAUACAACACUCAAGAGGAGCUCCGUAGACAUAAUGAAAUGUUCAAGCAACUUAACCAUGAACAACUACAAGUUUAUCAAAGUAUAAUUCAUUCGGUGGAAAACAAAACUGGAGGAAUGUUUUUUGUCUAUGGUAGUGGAGGUUGUGGGAAAACCUAUUUGUGGGGUACUAUAAUUUCCAAACUUCGAUCACAGCGUAAGAUUGUUCUUCCCGUAGCUUCAUCAGGAAUUGCAGCAACAUUAAUGCCUGGAGGACGCACGGCACAUUCACGUUUCAAGAUACCUAUAAUCAUUGAUGAAGAUUCCUCAUGCAACAUUUCACACAAAUCUAACAUUGCCCAGCUCUUGAAGAAGACUGAGCUUAUCAUAUGGGACGAGGCGCCUAUGCAGCACCGUUUUGCUUUCGAAGCAUUAGAUCGUACUUUACGUGAUAUAAUGAAGUCAGUUUCGCAAGAUAGGCAUGAAAAAGUUUUUGGCGGGAUAACAGUGCUUCUCGGUGGCGAUUUUUGCCAGAUACUACCCGUCAUAAACCGUGCACCACAUAGUGAAGUGGUAUCCGCCUCUAUCAAUCGUUCCAGAUUGUGGGAUGAAUGUCAACUUUAUUUGCUUAGUGUAAACAUGCGAGUGAGUAAAGGCAAAUCUGAAAAGCAGAAAGAAACUGCAAGGCGUUUCAAUCAGUGGGUGCUUGAUAUAGGCAAUGGUAAGAUUCCCAGUUGCACUGAGACCGGGGAUGUUUUUGAUGAUGUAGACAUUGAGAUUCCGGAAGAAUUUUGCAUAAAGUCAGACAACUUUUCCGUGGAGGAAAUCAUCAAUUCAACCUAUCCGGAGUUGCUAUCAAAUUACAAAGAUGAGGUUUACAUGCGGGGGCGAGCUAUUUUAAGUCCUACAAAUGAGAUAGUUCAUGAAGUCAACGCUGUAAUUCUAGAAAAGUUACCAGGCCAAGUCCACUCUUUCCUUAGCAUCGACUCCGCUGAAGAGAUUGGGGAAUCAGAAGAAGAGUUCAAUGCAUCAUUUCCAAUUGAGUAUCUGAAUGCUCUGAAUGAACCAGGCCUGCCGCCUCAUAAUUUGCUACUCAAAGAGAAUGUUGUGGUAAUGCUUAUGAGGAAUCUAAAUCAGAUUUUAGGCUUGUGCAAUGGUACAAGAAUGAUAGUUCGAAAAUGUUUGAAACACUGUGUUCUAUGCAAAGUAAUAUCCGGUGCACAUAAAGGUACCCUGCACUUUAUCCCACGAAUAGAGAUGUCUCCAACUGAUAGUCACCUACCCUUCAAGCUCAACCGGCUUCAACUGCCACUUCAAAUUUGCUACGCGAUGACUAUAAACAAGUCUCAAGGUCAGUCUCUCGACAGUGUCGGUCUUUACCUGCCAAGAUCUGUGUUCUCCCAUGGCCAGCUUUAUGUGGCUAUUAGCCGGGUAACUUCUCCAUCUGGCUUAAAGAUUUACAUAAAGGGUCCAAAUGGCGGAAGUACCAACGUUACCAAGAACGCUGUCUACGAAUAA